CCUUCUUCUCAGGACCCACCCACCUCUGCUUAUCUACAGAUCCAUUUGUAGAAACCGCACAACACAACCUGGUCCUUUCAAUCUUUGGCAUUCAGACGCAGAUUUAGGAACAAUGAAUCCUCAAGAAGGUGACUCAUCUGGAACGAGCCCUCAUCUAUCGAUUGAACUCCUGGAGAAGCUGCUUCCUUCUUUUCUCCAGGCUACGGAAAAUAGGCAAGGGUCUAGAGAGCUACCUUUGUUUCCCACUCCUAAUCUUCCUCCUCGUGAAACUUUCGAUGGAGUAUUCGGAUCCAACGUUCCGCUUUCUAGUUUCCAUGGUGGAACUUCUCAAAAUCCUUCCACCUAUGUUGAUCUGUCACUGAGGCUAGGCCCUCCCAAUCAAGGUGCAGUAAGAUCUCCAGCUAUGAAUUCAUGUAACAUUUUUGCUGCAAGAAAUGCAAUGCGAAUGCAGGGCAUGCAUGGACAAAACAAGAGAGGGUUUCCUGACUAUGGUUUUGGAGAACAUCAUGUGGGUAACAUGGGUCAACUAGCACUGCUGGCCAAACGACGUGCUACUGAGUCUCAGAUCAGUGCAAGCAACAAUUUGAACGCAUCACCACCAUUUUCUCAGAUGCAGCAACUAUUUAACAGAACUGCACCAACUUCACCCGUUCAAGCACUUACAGUAGGAGAAGGAGGUGUAAGAGACAAGGGAAAGGCAAUUGAGUCAUCAUCAUCAUCAUCAUCAAGCCACUAUCGCCCGAUAGGGUUACCUGCUCAAGCUUACAUGCAAGAGCGUCUCCAGCAUCGUCCAAUAGGUUAUUCACCAUCGUUUUACGACCUCACUCAUGGACCACCACCUGUAACACCAGGCAUCCCCAUGAUGCCAAAGCUAUGCCCUUUUUUAUUUGAGCAGAAACUUGACAACGAGAACACACAGAAUGCUCAGAAUGAGAACGCUCAGUUGCAGGCAGACACGCUUUUGAGUGACUCUGAGAGUGAGGAAGAGGAGGAGGAAACUGAUGAGGAGGACCAAGAGGAUGAUGACCAAGAUGGACAAACGGAGGAUCUUCUUGAUGAUGAAGGAAAGUACAUCAUAGAACCUGUUGGGAAUGGCUGGAGUCCUGCACAUCGAGCACAUGAUGCCAUUAAUUAUGUCAUUCAAACCCAGUUCCGAGGUGUCUUCCAUUCCUACGGCAUUAUCCCAUUAGCUGAUAGACAACAAUGGUUUCGCGUGUUCAAGGAAAAAUGCACUUGGGAUGCUCGCCAUGAGCAACAUAUCCAGAUGAGAUUUGAAGCACAUUGCUCAAAACAUCUCGGAGACAUCCUUUCACAGGUGAGGAACACUAGGAAGAAGCCGCAGUGGAUGAAAGUGGAAGAUUGGAUUGAGCUUCUGGCCUAUUGGGAUACCCCAAGCUUCAAGAACAUUUCCGCCAGAAACCAGGCCAAUCGGACCCCAAACAGAGGUAUCACAGUCAACACUGGGGGCUACCAGGAUUUUACUGAUGUGGCCAAAGAUUUGGCCAAGAAGUUUGGUCGAGAUCCCUACCCUGAUGAGUUUUUCUUGGCUACAAACAAGUACAAUUACCCAGGCCAUUGGAUGGAUAGCUGCGCUGCGAAGACAUAUGAGGAGUAUCAGCUUCGUCUUUUAAAACGACAGUCCCAGGUUGGUGAGGCCUCCUCCUCCAGGGUAACACAGGAGACCAGGGUGGACAUAUUGAGUGAGGUUGCUAAGGGAAAAACCAGUGGUCAUGUCUAUGGCAUUGCAGACAAAGCUGUGAAUGUCCCUACUAAGGCGUCAUCACUGACUCAAGAGUCUGGUGCUCCUCCUUCGCCCAGCGAAGCUUCUGAGGAGAUAGAUAAAGCUCAUCAAUAAGCUGCAAAAGCUUAGCAGCAAGCUAUGAAAGCUCAAACGAAUGCUGCGUUUGUUAACAAUGAUGAAAAAUAAGGCUAUAAAGGGGCUUAGGAGCAUGCCAUGCCCUAGUAUGCGACAAAUUUGGA